AUUAAAUCCCUAUUUGAUAGAUGGAACUGUGAACACACCGCGCAAGGGUAUUCCGAGACAUAUAUAACCCCACCCCCUAUCGUCGAGGCGAAAUGUUAGCUCAAGAGUGCCAGAACAUUAUAUCAUUCCCUGUAGCCUCAUCGUGGUGACGAAGGCGAGCUCCGCACUACGCACUACGCACUGCGCACUCUCACUAUCUGUGCAAACCAUGCUAUGUUUCUCGAGACUCAUAGGCAGUGAAGUGGGAUGCCAGACGAUGCAAGGGACCGGCGAUGUGCUACACAGGCUGUCCGUGUGUGACCACAGUGGAAGAUACACAUGUCAAGGUCUGAAGUAUUACCACAAUGGGGGAGAUUGUUCUUACUGACCCAAGCACGAAUGAGACUGCAUUUACAUUCCUGUCCGAGUUCAGCGGCAAGUGGAAAGGUCAAACGGAGAUAGAGGUCACUGUUCUGACCAUUAUAUUUGUUGCCGCAGUUGCCGGAAAUGGCCUGGUGCUGCUGGUCAUUCUAAGGUGCCGGAGGCUGCGUAGUGCCACCAACUUCUUCAUCGCCAACCUGGCCGUCGCCGACCUCCUGUUGGCGUCAGGCAUCCCCUUCAUCGCCACGACCCGCGUCACAACAUCCUGGGAGUUUGGUGACGUCAUCUGUAAACUCGUGACUUACGUCCAGUUCAUUGCUGGGACGUGUUCGAUACUGACAAUGAUGAUGAUAUCGAUAGAGCGCUACACCUACAUCUGUUUCUCGCACCGCAGGCGCAUGUCCGGACAACUUGCCUGCUGGAUCAUUUCCGGUGUGUGGGUCAUCUCUAUAACAUUUCCGGUUCCCAUUGCACUUGCGCAAGCUGAACUUAGUAUCAUUCAAGAUGGUAGGAUGUACAUAUUUUGUGGAAUCCACUGGCCGAAAGGGUUUCAUGCAGAUGUGUAUUUGAUUUUGAUUGGAAUCUUAUCCUUUAUGUUACCCCUAAUAGUUAUAACUAUAUUUUAUUACAAAAUUUUCAACAUGGUGCGGGCUUCCUCCCGGCGGAGUCAGCUUCGGGGAUCAACACGCGGGAACAAACUUCAAGUGCGACUGAUAAAGAUGAGCGUGUUGAUCGUGUUUAUGUUUGUAACGAUGUGGUUGCCAUUCUUUGUCAUCGGCUUCUUCGGAGUGUACACGAAGUCAAUUACGUCAUCGAACUUCGUGAUCACGAUCAUCCUGGCCAUGGGCAACUCCUGUCAGAACCCGAUCAUAUACGGGUACUUCAACACCCGCUUCCGGGAGGAGUUCAGUGCGCUAUGCUGUUGUGGAGACGUUGACCAACACCAGGCGGCGCCCAAUGUGCCGUCCACCGAGGAUGCAGAACGAUCGUAGGAAGAAAAUCUUCAGUACGAUGAAUGUGUUAUGGAACCUAUGACCGUAAUCGUGUACCUGCAACAGAUUCACUUAAUAAAACUAAUGUUAAUGAUAUAGCUUUGAUGCUUACCCGGUGACGGGGUGUGACGCCUCUGUGUCCCUACGUAUCAGGCGAACAUAUCGUACAGUCAGCUGAGCGGUGCCGUUAAACGUACACUAACUUACACAACAUAAUGGUGGUGUUUGACAUUAAGCCGAUCGGUAUUACUCAUUACAUUUCAUCAUUGGCCAUGACAUCUAGAUAUAACGAAGAAAAUUUAUGGAUGGCAACUUCCUUAAUAUGAGGAACAAAACGUUUCGGAGGUUAGCAUCGGAGUUGUCAUCAAUAAAUAUCUUUCCCCGUAUUGUGUAUCAUUUCUAAACGCCAUUCAGAGACUUGAUCUGGGUGCAUCGGAGUUAUUACAUACGGAUAUACCUGAUGCCAUUGCAACUGGUUACACAGGGGCUUACCUGAUGCCAUUGUAUGCUGGAUAUACACCCUUGGUCACUGAUAUCAUUGCAUCUGUAUAUAUCGGGGCUGCCUCAUAUCAUUGCCUCUACCUAUACCGGGUUUUUUGAUGCCAGUGUAUGCUCAGUGUCACCGGGGCUCGAAUAUAAAAUGCUCGGCAAAAGAAGGUAUACACCAUGUUUGAUGGUGGUUAAAAUGAACCAAUGGUUAUCCGAUGAUGGUGUAUUUGGUACUGGUAUCAUAUGCGUAUCUCAAAACAGAUCAGCCUAAGGUUUUGAAAACGUUUGUAAUUUUUUGGUUAAACCCAAUUUUCAAGUACAUACU